UCCGAUUGAAAACAUCCAAGUUCAAGUGGAAAUAUCGUUGUUCGUUCUGAACAGAAAUUUCUCAAAAAAGGUACCUCAGGUUUACAGUUUCAAUCAUUCUCGAGGUGUCGCUUUCGCGAAACCGAAGCAAAUUUUUCAAACACUGCGUACCAUCUAGACAUAACAAAAACCGAACGUAACCGAGUAACAUUAAAUCGAAGUUUGGAAAACUGGAAACCUGCGCCGCGGUUUCCACCGAGUAUUACAAGGCAAGAGGUCGAACCCUCGACGCAGCGCUUCACGCAAUCUCUCGUUUCCACAGAAUCAUCGACCGGAUCAUCAGCUCUCGACCCUUCGAGGACUACAGCGCGGAGCUGCCGCCGGGAACGUCCCGAAACGAAGCCAUGCGUCCCGCGAUCAAAGGAAAGAACACGUGUCCAGUCGACUUCACCUCGUCUCGUCGCAUUGUUCCUCGACCGCUGUAAGAAAGCCCGGGAAAGCCGAGGCGAAGCGAUAAGAGGCAGUCGACGCGCGAAACGCCGUGCAGGGAACGAAGAGCCGAAAGCGUCAGCGACGCGUCUGCCAUCGGUCGAAGAGGAUGGGACGUCGAACGGCGAACGGAUUGGUCUCGAUGACGCACGCCGGGUCCGUCUCGCAGUUAAACUAGGGCGCGCGGGUGGAGGGAAAAAUCAACGGGCGGAGGGAUCGAGUCGGGGACGCCUGGAGGAUCCACUUCGAAGAAGCUGGACGAGAUUGGGGGACGCUUCGAUCCACCGGGACGUGUCGAGACGUUCACUGUGCGACGUCUACGGAACGAUGAACACUGUGGACACUAGGGUGCUAAUAGUGCAACUAUGCGAACGUAUAGACUAGUCGCUGAAUCCAAGGAUAAUCAAUCGAAUAAGACUCCUCUUCGACGAAACGAUUCUAAACGGACCUAACAUCCUCGCAAGCUUUUCGGUGAUCUCAGGUGAAGCUGGUCUAAUAUAGACUCCAUGAACGCAGAAACUAAUCGAAAUUGGCCUAGAAUAUACAAAUAUCCGGGGUGCUGAUGAAAGCUUAAUCGAGUACCCAGAAAACGCUUUUUUCUACGCCGAUCGAGCACCGUUGCUCUCACCUAAACGAUCUUCCCUAGGAGACAAUAGGUCCGACACGCGGAAGCCGCGGUACAGUCGAUUGAUCGACUUUAAAGAGACUUUCCGCCGGGAUUCCCGCGGUGGAAACAUACUCGAAGCUACCCGGGAGAAUUGUCGGCCGCGAAGACACUUGCGAUUGGUAUCGCAGUCGUUUGAUCGACUUUAAAGGGACUUUGCUUCGAGAAGAAGACGCGCGGAGGAAGACGGCCGGAGGCUUUUGAACGAAAAUCGCGACGGCGCUUUGACACCGCGCCCCGGAGUCGACUGAUCGACUUUAAAGGAACCUAAUUUCGACAUUCCUCGAGCGGCGUGAUCCCCGCCGCGGAGAAGGCAACGCGAAGCCACGGCGGGUAGCGCAACUUCGGCCCGAAGUACCCAUUAAACUACACUCAGCCGGGUACCGAGCUCGCAGUCGACCGGUCGACUUUAAAGAAACCCCGCUGCAAGUACUUCGAAAGUGGAUUCGGAUCCCGGAGGCAUCGCUAAGGGUGCAGCCUCGGUGAAAGGACAUUAAAUUCGCAUCGGGGCACCGGCUAGCACGCUGAUCGAUCUCACUGCGCGGCGUUGGUCAACGAUGCUUCGGACAGAUUGCCUACCUCGUGCCGCCGGUGAUAUUAUUAUGAUCGUUAGGAAUCCCUAGAGAGCACCCCCGGCCGCCUCCGCACCGAGAAGAGGCCGCGCAGCGGCUCCUCGAGACGAGUGGAAUCAGAUCGCGCGCCGGCUGGCCGCGCGAUAGCGCAAGAUGCGCGAUACCUCGUGAAGACGACCGUUCCUCAGCAGGCGGCUAAAAUGAGCCAGCUUCUUGGCCGAACGCUGCUGCUCCUGAUGUCGCUUCACCAGCUGCCGCUGGUGGCGCAGUCGAAGCUCCACAGCGAGCGGGAGGCUGUGCUGAUCCCCGGCGACAUCGUGUUGGGCGGCCUGUUCCCCGUCCACGAAAAGGGCAGCGCGUCCUGCGGCCCCAACGUCUACAACCGCGGCGUGCAGCGUCUCGAGGCAAUGCUGUUCGCCGUCGACCAGAUCAACAGUAACAAGAAGAUGCUGCCCGGCAUCGUGCUGGGCGUCCACAUCCUGGACACCUGCGGCCGGGACACGUACGCGCUCAAUCAGAGCCUGCACUUCGUCCGGGCGUCCCUGUCCAAUCUGGACAUCAGCGUGCUCGAGUGCGCGGACAAGUCGGUGCCCAAGGUGAAGAAGACCGCCACCGCGGGCCCGAUCUUCGGCGUUAUCGGCGGAUCGUACAGCUCGGUGUCCCUGCAGGUGGCCAAUCUGCUCAGGCUGUUCCACAUUCCCCAGAUAUCGCCCGCGUCCACCGCCAAGGCGCUUAGCGACAAGACCAGGUUCGACUACUUCGCGCGAACGGUGCCGCCGGACACGUUCCAGUCGAUCGCCCUGGUGGACGUGGUGAAAAGCGCGAACUGGUCGUACGUCUCGACCGUGUACUCCGAGGGUAGCUACGGGGAGUACGGCAUAGAGGUGUUCACGCGCGAGGCGACCGAGAGGAACGUGUGCAUAGCGGCGGCCUUGAAGGUGCCGAGCGCAGCGGACGACCACGUCUUCGACGACAUCAUCCUGCGUCUGAGCAAGAAGUCGAACGCCAGAGCAGUGGUGUUGUUCACUCGCGCCGAGGACGCCAGGGGUAUCCUGGAGGCAGCGAGGAGGUCGAACCUCAGCCAGCCGUUCCAAUGGCUGGCGAGCGACGGCUGGGGCAGGCAGACCAAACUGGUGGAAGGUCUCGAGGAGGAAGCGGAAGGAGCCAUCACGGUCGAGCUGCAGUCGAAGAACAUACCCGGGUUCGACGACUACAUGGCCUCCCUGACGCCCGACAAGAACCGGCGGAACCCGUGGUUCGCCGAGUACUGGGAGGAAGUGUUCGGCUGCGUGCUGAAGAAGUCGCCGCUCCUCAGCCCGAACGGCACGGCGUGCUCGUCGAACCUGCGGCUGACCGCCGCGACCGGCUACGAGCAGGAGUCCAAGGUGCAGUUCGUGGUGGACGCGGUGUACGCGUUCGGCUACGCCCUCCACAACCUGCAGAGGGACAUGUGCCCGAACAGGAUCGGCCUGUGCACCACCAUGGCGAACUACGACCGGGGCGUCUUCUACAGGAAUUAUCUGCUGAACGUGUCCUUCACAGUAUCAGCCCCCAACGCUGGAGGAACUAUUAAAACAGCUCGUAAGUACACGGAACUUCGAGUCUCUCCGGCGAGAGUUACCGGGGAACACGGCUCGACCAGUUUAGAAUCUGAAACCGAAAGAGGGUGCUUCCCAGAAGCAACCGCUACGCCAAAGGAACCGUUAAAACGGUUCCAGCACGAAAUUUCCUACCCCCCGACAAGAAACAGCGGAAAAGACUCGUUUAGUUCAGAGACGUGA